AUGGAUGCGAUCGAGCAGCCUCCCGCGCCGAAUGCGCUGGGCGAACUGACCCAGGUCCCGAUCAAUAAGCUAUCUCCUGGCCUUGAGCAACCGGCCGAAAAAUCGAUUCUUGCUGCGGUAACACUUGUAUGGCCGUACUCAUCUUCUACAAAGACUUUCUGCCUUCUGUUAGCAGAGCCCGAUUUCCGCCUUCGAAGCUCCAACGGACAAGUUAAGGUCACAUUUCAUGGACGCGCUGCAGAAAAGAUCGCCAAGUCACAUGUAGGAAUCGGUGAUAGCAUCUGUUUGGGGUUGAAUGGCUCCGAGUUCAUUCCCAAUCAAUCGGCGUCGGGGAGGUCGAUCGCGUGGGAUGCACACUUCGAGAAGGGCGUGUUUCUGGAGGUAAUUCUCUCUCGGGUUGAUUUUAUUGCAUUUAGUCAUUCAGGAACUAAUUAUAUCUCAAAUAAACAGGUCCGCCGGCCAUCCCAAGAUCCAUUGACAGUACAUGUUGAGCACGCGACAGACGCGACAGUGCAAGAAGUCGAACUUGCGCCGCCUGUAACUCCCAGUGGAAAGUCAACCAACCUUGAAAAUGAUUUCGCUUCUAGUACAGGCUCGUGGAAAUCGCCUGCAUUUCUUAAACCCGCUCGGCCUUCGUUCGGGGGCACAAAUCGCUCCGUGCUCGACCCUUUCGUGCAAGACGAUGGGUUUGUCCCAGGGAAAGGAAGGAAAAAAGCCAGGUACAGUCUACAAAGAGAAGACUGGCGGAUAUUAGUUGAACCGGAUAGCCCUCAUGAGAAUGAAGGACCUGUGGAUUGGGCACAAGCUUUAGACCAAGAGCUCGACGAAGUGGAAACGGAGGAAGAGCCUAUAGACGACCUAAUGAAGGAUGCUGCUGAUGCACCGGCAUCCACAGAGGAUGUGCUAUCAAAGGAGCCACCGCAGGUAUUCGCAAAGCCUUCUAUCGAACACACAGGUCACAUCUUGGAAAGGCGCGCGGAAGAAGCAAACAAAGCAUUGUCUCAUGAUUACCAUCAAGCACAGUUCCAUCUUCCGACGGACACACCGCAAAUCCGGCCCAUUCCUUCUCCUGGGCUGCCGGUUCCUUCGCCACUCGUAUCCGAUCACGCCGGGUCGACUGAGUAUUUUUCAUCGUGGACGGCAACCGCGGAGGCCCAGAAGGCUACAUCCUUUUCUACUGAGCCAGCAACGCCUCCGCGAUCAUUCAUCGAGACUUUCGGAACCGAGACGCAAACCAUUGAUUUCCACCGGACAGAUCCUGUUGGACUAGAUGUUGAAUCAGAGCAAGGAUAUGUCUUUGAAGCUAGUUAUCCUUUGCGCGACGAUGUAGUAUCGAUCUCCGCGACCGAUGAACAAGAUUUCUCCCAAGAUCCCAGCAACCAAGCUAUGAUCUACAACGAUGCAUUGCUAGAGGAUAAGGAUAAACAUCUUGAUACUUUUGAAGCCAAUGAUAAAACUGGUGUCAUCCAAGACGAUGUUGAGAUCAACAGCGCCGGGGAAACGGCAGAUGAAAUACAGCACGUGGAUGUGCAAUCUGAAGAAAAUAUUGUUACAGACCGCCAUGAAGCGUACCUUGGGCCCGAUGUGGAAUCCGUUCAGCUUGCGAAUGAGCGUAAUGUCAAAGAAGACUCUGUGUCUAUAAAUGAGUCAGUUCAUCACGCACCUCCUACCGCCGAUCUUGACAUGGAUGCAAUUCAUGCCCUUGAAAUGAUGAUGGGUGUACGAGAGAAAGAGGAAAUACAAACACAUGAAAAUGUGCGAGAGAAGCUCGAAAGUGGAGAUGAAAUCGAUGAUUCAUCGCGCGCCAUCGGGACUUUGGAUCAUUCGCAUAGUGAAGACUACAGCGAGGAAGACGAGGAAAUGAUCAAUGAGGAAGAUGGGUAUGAUGAGCAAUCGGCGGAUAAUUACGACUCCCAGGACGACUACGAUGAAGAGGGCCUCCAAGGGCAAGAAGGGUCUAGUGUUGAUGAAUCUGAUGCCGAUGACUCCGAACUGGAACAGGACUUCCCUUCGUUGGCUCGGCCCGCUCAACCUCACGAGAUCAUCAUAUUAGACAGUGACAGUGAAGAUGAGCCUGCUUCUAAACCCCAAGCAACAUCCUCAUCUCAGCCCCCAGCGGAAGAUUGCUCGUCAAACCGCUCCGAAUCCGCCGAUUCGGCUAUUCCUUUGCCUACAGCCGAAUUUACAACGGAUAGGCAGGAAGAAGCAGGGCCCUGGGGUGUUGGUCCAGAACAGCGCGAUUAUACAUCUGCGGAAGAGGAAUCUGACGGUGAUCAAAGCGAGGAGGAUGAGAGCGAGGAGGAUGAGAGCAAGGACCUCGAACAUUAUGACAUGGAUGCCCGAGCGCAUGACAGUGACAAGGAUGAUGAAUCGACCCAAGGCCCAUCUGAUCCGCUUGAUCGACUUGAAAUGUCACAGGUCAUCUCUGAGCAGGAUGAGGAUGAAACUAUGGAUUCCAUGAAACGCUCAGACAACGAAGAAAGCCACCUCCAGGCUCGAAUCGGGUCGCCGGUAGAUUUUCAAAGCCCCGGUGAGCAAGUUUCAGACAACAAUGAUUCCAAUCUUCCAGGCACUGCCGAAACUCCUCAUCAAGAUCGAUCCGGUUCAGUUGAAAGCCACCAUGAGCACUUAUCACACUCUGGUUCUGCCACCAUGUACUUCAAUCUGGAUGGAGCUGCUGAAUCGCACAUCACCCCUGCCGCUGAGAUCGACGGUACCGAUUCACUGGUGGGAGAGCACAUCCUCCAACCUCCCGAACCCCUUGGCAACCUCUCGUCCUUCAAGCCUCAGUUCGAACAACCACCCUUGACCCCAGACCCCAUACAAGAAGUCACAACUCUCGACAGCUUCGCUGAUCUCGAACAUGCAACUACAUUCACGAUUGAGGGUCAAGAGGCUCCUGUAGAGGUAGACACGACAUCUCAGCCUCUACCUGUCUUUGGAUCCACGGAAUCGGGCGAGGAAGAUGCUUCCCAGCUAGAUGACCGGACAGACAAAUAUUUCGAUGCUGUGACUGCUCCUCUUGGUAUUCCGGAAGCUGUGAUCAGCACUCAAACUCCACAAACACCAUCAGUGCUUGUACAACCUCCGGUUCCUGAUCGUCAUGCCUCUGGGCUACGCAGCAAACUUUCGUACUUCGCCCCGCUUGCUACACUCGUCGAUCAUUAUAACGCUCUAGUGGAUACCAUCUCGAUUAUCCAAGAAGUAUCGCCGAUAGCUCGGUCCAAAGCCGGCUCGAAAGACUGGUUCGUGACUAUCCAACUCACCGAUCCCUCCAUGGCUGGUACAACUCUCAAUGCCCAGAUCUUCCGGGCUUACAAGUCAUCGAUGCCAUCUUUGGCUGAAGGCUCUGCGAUUUUACUACGGGACUUCAAGGUUCGAAGCUUCGAACACGCCCUUAUGCUUGUCAGUGUUGAAUCCAGCGCUUGGGCGGUCUUCGACGGCUCGGGUCCAGAAGCCGAAAUUAGCGGACCUCCUGUAGAAUAUGAUUCACAGGAACGUGCCUAUGCAUCAGGCCUGCGCCGGUGGUACACCGAAGUCGGUUCUGCUAGCGUGGCGGAUUACAUGCUUCAGGCGUCUGUCGAGAGGGACAGCGUUGACCGCGAUGUCACACCUAAUAGCGAGGUGCCGAGUGAAUCGGGAAGCCCAAAUUCUAAACGAGCUUCACGGCGCAAGCGACGCAGCAACCGUCAAGUCACUAUUCAUGAGCUGCGGGAUGGCACACGCUAUACCGAGGCCGGAUCUCCGAACAGUCGGAACAGCAGUGUUCAUGAACUGAGGGAUGGUACGUUAUACGCUAAUAUCUGA